AGUUUAAAGGUUAAAAUGAACACUUAUGCGAUUAAGAGGUUCUUGUUUGGUAAAAUUUCAAUCAUAGCCCCCUUUCCGGCUUUCCCUACAAUACUUGAUAUUCGGGCCGACUUACCCAUAAGAACUCCACCCUUAAUCUGUAGUUGUCUAAACAGCUCAACUACAUCAAUCUGCUAUAUUGAAUCCCUCAGAUUUAUACAUAAAGCACAUAACUCAGAAACAGUUUAUGUGAUGGAUCAAGAACUCCCACCACAUGUACUGAUCUUCCCCUUGCCGCUACAAGGCCCGGUGAACUCCAUGUUCAAGCUAGCUGAGCUUCUGUGCCUCUCGGGUAUUCAUGUCACAUUCCUUGUCACUGGUCAUAUUCAUACCCGACUCCUUAAAUACUCUAAUAUACAGUCCCGGUUUGAUUGUUACCCCGGUUUCCACCUAGAAACUAUAUCUGAUGGCCUUCCAGACGAUCAUCCUCGCUCUGGGAGCGGGCUUAUGGAAAUGUUUGACUCCCUGAAAACCAAAAACAAGAUCCUUUUUAAAGAUCUUUUGACUUCUGGUAAACUUAAUUCAGAUUCACGUAGGCCGGUAACUUGUAUUAUUGCAGAUGGUAUAAUGGGGUAUACUUGUGAUGUAGCUAAUGAGGUAGGAAUACCUAUUAUAUUUGUUCGUACAAUUAGUGCUUGUUGCCUUUGGGUCUUCUUCUGUCUUCCCAAGCUCAUUGAAGCUGGUGAACUCCCGUUUGCAGUAGAUAACGACUUGGAUGCACCAAUAAAGAGCAUACCAGGCAUGGAAGGGAUCUUCAGACGUCGUGAUCUUCCAAUGUUCUGUCGUUCUGGCAGCUUGUCAGACCCAAGCUUCAAUCUCUAUCUUCCUGAAAGUACAGAAAACCCAAGAGCUCAUGGGCUUAUACUUAACACAUUUGAUGAUUUAGAGGGUCCAAUACUAUCUCAAAUACGCACUUUUUGUCCAAAUCUGUACACAAUUGGCCCAUUGCACUCCCAUCUCAAGUACAAGCUAGUGGGAGAAACAUCCUCAUCACUGCCUUCUUCAAACAGUCUGUGGCAAGAAGACAUGAGUUGUAUUACAUGGCUGGACUCACAACCACCAAAAUCCGUGAUCUAUGUUUCCUUUGGAAGUCUUGCUGUUAUGACAAAGGAGCAAUAUAUGGAGUUCUGGUAUGGGCUAGUGAGCAGUGGUUCUCGUUUCUUGUGGGUCAUUCGACCUGAUGCAGUAACCAGUGAUUCAAAAGAGAUCCCACCAGAAUUGUCUAAAGGCACAGAAGAGAGAGGCUACAUUGUUGGUUGGGCCCCACAAGAGGAAGUCUUGGCCCACAAUGCCGUGGGUGGGUUUCUAACACACAGUGGGUGGAACUCGACUUUAGAAAGUGUGAUUGAAGGCGUUCCAAUGAUUUGCUGGCCUUAUUUUUUGGACCAACAAGUGAAUAGUAGAUUUGUCGGAGAAGUAUGGAAGUUGGGUUUGGACAUGAAGGAUACUUGUGACAAAGUGAUUAUAGAGAAGACAGUGAGAGAACUGAUGGAGGAUAGGAAAGAUGAGUUUAGGAGGUCAGCUGAUCAAAUGAGUAACUUUGCAAAACAAUGCUUGAUAGAUGGUGGAUCCUCUUAUUGUAAUUUAGAGCGUUUAAUCAAGGAUAUUGAAGCUAUGUAAUACUAUGUGCAGUCGUGUAGAUGGCUAAUCCAGUGUUUGACAGGAUCAGAUUGACACGAGAUUGAUUUGAUACUGGAUUGCUGGUAGCGUGGAUGUUCAUUUGAAAUGAUUUUUUCAUUCCUCAAGUCAUUCCUUUUGGGAUUAAGUUUUUGUGUAUUCAGCUGUAUAUUGUAUUUAACUAAUUUCAUUCCCAGAUAUAUUACAACGAUGUCAAUACACAAUUGAAUUUUAUGCCGAAUGGAUUUUGCCGUUCUUUCCCUA